AUGGCGAGUCCUUGCAUUCUUAUUGACCCAGCGUCAGCUAAUCGAUUCAACUUUGAUUGGAAAAUCUAUGACGGUUCCAGUGGUGACGACAAAACAGCAUUUCAAUUUGUUCAUCUUGUCCUGAAAAUCGCCGAGAAUGAAAUUCCAGAACGACUUCGACUGUCGUUUGAGCAGAGCAUCGGCCUGUUGCUUGCAGAUGCCAAAUCUGGAGAUUUCAUCACUGUGACACCAAAAGACAAUGGCCUACUAUAUGGCUGGUUGUACCAGCUACUACAUACCACCAGGACACCCGACUCUCGGCUUUCAGUGAUUCUGGUCGUUCCUCAACAGGAGGGAUAUGUUAUCCGCAGUGACUUUCUGGAGGAGCGCUUCAGGGGAUCCCAAGAGAUCCGACAAGCGAUCGGAUUUGUCCAGCCUAGGCAACUUGUACGACCAUCAACUUCAAACGAAAAUUCGGCCGUAGGUCAAAUCGUAAGCUUUUUGGCCUCAGCUGUGGGUGGCAUUGUCCUGGAGGAUCAGAGCAAAUUCCCCAUUACUCGGCAUACGCUGCACGAAUUGCAAGACAGACUGGCGUUCCCCUGGCUCUCAACAGCCCCUAUCAUCCGUCGACGAAUUGCGCUUAUCGGAGAAGUGCGCCCGUAUCAUCUUUGCGCGAGGCUCUUCCAGGCUGCGCGUGCUCUUGGAAUUGACCUCGUCGUGGUCGAUUCCGCUGGUCACUGGCUGCAAGAUGAAAACUCCACCUAUGUGAAUCUACGAGAGGCGUUUAUUGAAGUGAAUAUGGAAGUGGAUAUAGACCUACCCCGACGCAUAGCCGAGGUAAUCUGCAGUUAUCCACAUACUAUCGAUGGGGUGACGACUGUCACAGAAUUCCUCUUAAUUCCUGUCGCUCGGGCCGCAGAGAUACUAGGGCUUCCUACGUCUCCAUCUGCAGCUUUUGCUAAAUCGGUGGAUAAAUAUGAGACCCGUCAAACACAGGGGUCAGAUGCUUGUAUUCUUCUUUCAGGCCCCGAAGAGCUCGACAAGUUCCUAUCGAACGCGCAGCAAGGUUUUCCACCAGCGCCUUGGAUCGUGAAGCCCUGCAAUGGAUGGCAUAGUCUGAAUGUCAUGAAGGCAACAACACCGGAAUCACUUAGAGUAGCAAUCGAAGUCGUGUCGAGGCACACGGCUUACUCACGCAGCAGUGCUUCACACGAGUCCAAAUGGCAAACCAACGUCCUCGUGGAGGAAUACUGCGACGGACCGGAAAUGGACGCCAAUUUCGUGCUUUGGCGAGGCGAAAUCCUCUUUUUCGAAGUUGUGGACAAUUUCCCCUGCACAGCAGACAGUGGAACGGGUAGUGUGAAUGCAGAUUUUAAGGAGACGCAAUUGGUUUUCCCAUCUGCUUUACCCGAGGCCGAGACACUGCAAUUGCGCCAGUCGUUGUAUGAGUCGAUUCGACGACUGGGCUACGAGUCUGGAAUUUUCCACGUUGAAGCACGAAUGCGGAAUUCCACUUACGAGUAUCGACAAGACGAGAGUUCCAAGCUUGAUCUGCAGCCAAAAUUGACAGCUCCCUCGAAGGACCCCGGCGUGUUUUUAGUUGAAGUCAAUGCUCGGCCACCUGGAUAUGUCGACGCUAGCGCAAGCGCUUUCACAAACGGCGUGGAUAUGUUUGCGCUACAGCUAUUGCUGGCCUUGCAAGAUGAAGCGCGAAUCCGAGCCCUUUCUCUUCCAUUCAAAUCGAGGCCUCAUGUGGUCAUCAGUGCUAUCCAGGCAGACAAGUCGGGAACAAUCGUAUCCCAGGAUCCAUGGCGGGACUUUCACCAGAGAAAGCCAGAGCUGAUUAGCAGGGUUUUUGAAAAUCCGAUGAAUUUCAAGAAGGGGGACUGGGUGGCUGAUCCCAAACUCAACACCACGCCUUGGCUUUCGGGGUUUGCUGUUUACUCGUUUGAUGGUCGUGCUAGUGCGUUGGAGGCAGCUGGUCAAGUAAAGGAGGGGUUCGAGUGUCUGAUUGAGUAGUAUUCAGAUGGCCAAGUCUUUUUAAUUUUCACUUCUCUGAGCAAUAAAUGAC